CUGUGCUCUUGUCCGUUUUGGACUUCUAGGAAAGAAAAGGAACAGCCCAUAGACUACUAAGCCCAAUAAAAGUAGAAGCUUAAAAUUCCAGAAGCAGAAUUAUAAUGCAGCAACUUUGAAGCCUUGUGGUCAUGCAAAUCGUCAUCACCACCAGAAUCAAGCUGGCACGAGUCAUCGUCAUCACGCAGACCUGCAACCUUACCUUCCCCCCCCCGGGCCAAUCUUCCAUGCAGCUCUUAGAAACUCAUAACCUAUGACAGACGGCCUUAUAAAUCUAAGGAACCUACCUUAUUUCGUUAGGGUCAUUGACUAAAGCUCUCACUCUCCAUCUUAAAUUCGGUUUAAAUCUCUCAGCUCCAGUGAUCAUCAAGGCCCUUCAAAGCUUAGUAAAGCGGAAGACUAACGACGUCACAUAACUUAACGGUACAACGGUGAUACGAAAAGUCAUGGCGAGGAGCAACGCAGUUUCAUGGAGUCUAAUGUUCUUGGCUAUGGGGAUUUUUAGUUACGUAGCAGUUGAAGCCACCAGAGAAGGGAUUCAAGGGAGGGAUCUGAUAGACAAGAGACUUGGUUUGGACCAUGGGAUAAAGAAUUGGCACAGUGAAGAGGCUGCUGCUUCUCAAGGACUGACAGCUGAUGGUUACGGAGGUUAUGGCUCAGGCUCUGGUGGCGGCGGAGGAGGCUCUGGUGGUGGCGGAGGCUUUGGUGGUGAUAAUGGCGGUGGCAAGGGAUAUGGUGGUAAUGGUGGUGGGUUUCACAAUGGUGGUGGAUUUGGUAAUGGUGGCGGAUUUGGGAAUGGUGGUGGGUUUCAUAAUGGCGGUGGAGGAGAUGGUGGAUUUGGGGCAGGCACAGGCCCAGGUUAUGGUGGAGGGAUGGGUGCGGGCGGUGGAGGAUAUGGUCAUGAUGAGAAGAUGAACUAGGUCCAUGAAUCUUCCCUAAUUUUACUAGAGUAAGAUGAAUAACUAUUUUCCAAUGUAGCAUGCCUAUGGGGACAAGAAGCAAGAAAAACCAAAUAAAAUGUCUUGCUUCUGUUCUGUAGCUCUUUACUUUGCCGUCUUUGAAGCUGCAACUCUGUUAAGAAACAAAUCAGUCUUUUCCCCUUGCACCCGUGGUAUUACGGUUACAAGCAAUAAAGUUAGAAGCCUGAAAUAUUUCUAGAUCGAUUGUAACACAUCCCGUUCUGUAAUGCAAUGGGUCAAUGAGAAAUUGAAAAAUUAGAAGCCUGA